AUGCUUGUAUAUAAAACUAAUGGCUACACUACAUCCACGUUUGCAUAUAAGACUAAUAAUUGCGUAACAUCUACGUUUGGAUAUAGGACUAAUGGCUGGGCAGUCUCCAUGCUUUUAUAUAAAACUAAUGGCUACGCAACGUCCACGUUUGCAUAUAGGACUAAAAAUUGCGCAGCAUCUACAUUUGGAUAUAGGACUAAUGGCUGGGCAGUAUUCAUGCUUGUAUAUAAAACUAAUGGCUACGCAACAUCCACGUUUGCAUAUAGGACUAAUAAUUGCGCAGCAUCUACGUUUGGAUAUAGGACUAACAGUUGGGCAGUAUCCAUGCUUGUAUAUAAAACUAAUGGCUACACUACAUCCACGUUUGCAUAUAAGACUAAUAAUUGCGUAACAUCUACGUUUGGAUAUAGGACUAAUGGCUGGGCAGUCUCCAUGCUUUUAUAUAAAACUAAUGGCUACGCAACGUCCACGUUUGCAUAUAGGACUAAAAAUUGCGCAGCAUCUACAUUUGGAUAUAGGACUAAUGGCUGGGCAGUAUUCAUGCUUGUAUAUAAAACUAAUGGCUGCGCAACAUCCACGUUUGCAUAUAGGACUAAUAAUUGCGUAACAUCUACGUUUGGAUAUAGGACUAACAGUUGGGCAGUAUCCAUGCUUGUAUAUAAAACUAAUGGCUACACUACAUCCACGUUUGCAUAUAAGACUAAUAAUUGCGUAACAUCUACGUUUGGAUAUAGGACUAAUGGCUGGGCAGUCUCCAUGCUUUUAUAUAAAACUAAUGGCUACGCAACGUCCACGUUUGCAUAUAGGACUAAAAAUUGCGCAGCAUCUACAUUUGGAUAUAGGACUAAUGGCUGGGCAGUAUUCAUGCUUGUAUAUAAAACUAAUGGCUACGCAACAUCCACGUUUGCAUAUAGGACUAAUAAUUGCGCAGCAUCUACGCUUUGA